AUGGCUACACCAAAGAUGCACGGCAUCACUCGCGCCAGCCUGGCUUCGCUGGACCUGCCGAAAGAUGCGCGCAUCACCGACGUUAAGCAUUUGGCCUCCUACAACUGGAUUCGAGCUCCGUCACCCACUAUCGCUGUGCCCGGCAGCCCUGCUGCAUGGUCCAACAUCAAACAACCCAAGCAAGUCUGCAAAAACAGUGGCCUCAUCUACAUUGCUCAAAAUGCCGCCCGCCAUCCAGACUAUCCCCUCGAGCCACUCUUCCGCGCUGUGGACAUGGAGAAGCCUGGCUUCGACAUGCGCUCCGUUGACAUCGUGAGCGACCGCAACAACAUCCGAAAGCUGCUAUCCUUCAUCGACCCCAGCACGGCGAAGAGCGGCCUUGAGCCUUUCACGAUCAAGGUCGAGGUAGCAGGUCAGACUGUUAUCCUCAACCGUUACGAGACGCUUGUGAAGGAGUUUCUCGGACCAAACGAUUUCAGAGGCUUUGGUCACGAGUUUGAGAAGGCGUUUACCAAGGAUGAGGUUGCUGGAAGCACCGGCCAUCACAGGAUCAUCAACUAUCGCUUCAAUGAUCUGAACGUGGUCAUUCGACAUGAGACUGACGGAUACGUGCGAGCUGCUAGCGGCGACGACAAUGACGACGACAUCGCAAGCAUGCUGGACGAUCUAUCGCUCGACACGCGCGGUGACAAGCCAUCACCAGUGUCAAUUCUCAGUUCCAAAUUGACAAUCAAGAAAGCGGGCAAAGAAGUGUCCCUGGCUUCCACUCUCGAGAUCAAGACCCGAGUCGCCCACAAGCCGUUACCGAUGGAUGAAGGCGUUUUCCAGGUUCCAACGGUGGAGGACACCACCGCUGUGAUCAAGAGCUGGGAGACCAAGAACCAGAAAUCGCUGGGCUUGCUUGCAACCCUGAUGAGGAAGAUUGUUGAUGUUGUGGCACCACUUGGACGUGCUACGAUCAAGUACAAUGAAGGAAGUGGUCGGCUGGAGAUCUGCAAGACGGAGGCGAAGGACAUGCUGCCCCGAGAUGUUUACAUGAGGUGGAACAAGACCGACCCAGACCAGGCGGCGGCGAGUGACGGCGUCGCGGUCGGUAGCGAUGUUGCUGACGUGGCCGAUGACUGUGCCUCGAAGGACAAGUCGGACAUCGAGUCAAAGAAGCAUGAGACUACACUCAAAUAA